ACACAAUUUUCAUAUAUUCAUAUAUAUAAAAAUUAUAAUUAUUCAAAAAAGAAAAAUGGGAAAGUCAUUUCCACUUGUAGCAAUUUUUGUUUUUGCAAUGGGUUUGAAUGUUUGCUAUGCAGUUGAUUACAUUGUUGGUGAUUCAGCUGGAUGGAACCCUGCUGUUGAUUUCAAUGCUUGGGCCGCAAGCAAGACUUUUACAGUUCGCGACUCGCUCGUGUUCAGGUAUACAAAGGGAGCUCAUAAUGUGGUUCAAGUGAAUCAAAUAAGUGACUAUGCAAAUUGCUAUUCAGGACAGAGUGUUCCAUUGACAAGUGGAAAUGAUGUAAUCCCACUAAGAAGUUCUGGAGCCAAAUACUUUAUUAGCAGUGUAAAGGAUGAUUGUGCCAAGGGUCAAAAACUCACUAUUAAUGUUAAAUGAGUAAUUUAAUUACAUUAUAACAAUCAAUGUAAUUUCUA